AUGGCCUCUGACGGCGCCUCUUCAAUUUCUGUCACUGUUCGAGUGAGACCGUUCACUAUCCGAGAAGCCGCUCAAUUGACGAAAUGCGAUGACACAACAAUAUUUCUGGGUGACGGUUCGCUGGCUGCUGCCCCGACUCCAAAGCUCUCUCAAAAGGGCAUCCGGUCCGUCAUCAAAGUCGUCGAUGAAAAGUGUUUGAUAUUCGACCCCCCCGAAGACAAUCCUGUUCAGAAAUUCUCACGAUCCGUCAUUCCCUCCGGUAAACGAGUCAAAGACCAGACUUUUGGCUUCGAUCGAAUCUUCGACGAAAAUGCAUCUCAGGGCGAAGUUUACGAAGCCACCACAAGACCUUUGCUAGAUAGUGUCUUGGACGGAUAUAAUGCAACAGUCUUCGCUUAUGGCGCAACGGGUUGCGGAAAGACUCACACUAUUACUGGCACCGCUCAAGAACCGGGCAUCAUCUUCUCAGCGAUGAAGGAGCUAUUUGAGAGGGUCCAAGAGCAGUCCAGCGAAAAGAUUACAGAGAUAUCGUUAUCAUACCUGGAGAUUUACAAUGAAACCAUCCGUGAUCUGCUCGUGCCUAGCACCGUCAGAGGCGGGUUGAUGUUGAGAGAGGAUUCAAAUCAAGCCGUCUCGGUUGCAGGGCUCUCGAGCCAUCACCCACAAAGUGUUGAAGAGGUCAUGGAGAUGAUUGUGAGAGGGAAUGAAAUGCGGACAAUGUCGCCCACAGAAGCCAACGCAACUUCUUCCCGCUCGCACGCCGUGCUGCAGAUCAACGUUGCCCAGAAAGACAGAAAUGCCGGUGUCGAGGAGCCUCAUACAAUGGCUACUUUGAGCAUAAUCGACCUCGCCGGGAGCGAGCGUGCAAGUGCCACCAAAAAUCGAGGCGAACGACUACUUGAAGGCGCCAACAUCAACAAGUCUCUUCUGGCACUGGGCAGUUGUAUCAACGCCCUUUGCGACCCCCGCAAACGAAAUCACGUUCCUUACAGGAAUUCCAAACUCACGCGUCUGCUCAAGUUUUCUCUAGGCGGGAACUGCAAGACUGUAAUGAUUGUUUGCGUCAGCCCUUCAAGUGCGCAUUUUGACGAAACGCAAAACACUUUACGGUAUGCCAACCGAGCCAAAAAUAUCCAGACAAAGGUGACCAGAAACGUGUACAAUGUCAAUCGUCAUGUCAAGGAUUACCUGGUCAAGAUCGAUGAACAGAUGGCUCAGAUUAACGAACUAAAGGCUCAACUGAAGGAGGCCGAGACGUUUGCUUUUGCCAAGUUCAAGAAGCAGAAUGAGAAGAAGGAAAGCAUUGCCCGAGAAGGAGUCCAAAGAAUCAAAGCGGCGUACGAGAAUUCUGCGGCCGAGAGACAAGAACGGACCAACAACAUGAUCAAGCUGAAGCAAAUUGGCCGAAGGAUUGCCAUGCUCUCUUCAUGGAUUUCUGCCUUUGAUGCAGUGUGUGAUGGCCUGGACGAAGACGACCUCAUGAAGAAUAUGCAGGCCGUCAAGAAGACAGCUCAAGGCAUCAUGAUGGAGUUGGAGAGCGGUCGACACCACUGCCAGCAGAAGGUCCUCAAGAGCAGCUGGGAUCGCCCCAUGAACACGGCACUGGAGCAUAGUUUGAAGCAGCUGAAGGACGUGGACACUGGCGACAUGAUUGAUUCCGAAAUGCUUCGACGCGAAGUGGAAAUGCUCAAGCUGAAUGCUGAGCGUGAGUCGUUUGCAGCUUUGGCCGAGCAAGACAAAAACGGAGACGCUCCCACCAUUCAAGUUCUGCUACGAGCCCACUUUGAGACUAUCGCUGCCAUCGAGAGCUUGAACCGCAUGAGCGUCGAGGAGGCAGUUGAAGCUGCCAACCAGAUUUUGGGAAAGAUGAUCAACUCCGCAUCUGGCGCAGCAUCAUAUGUCGUGAGACCAGAUGGAAGUCUUGCUCCUGUCGAGGCAUUUGGGCCGACCAAGGCUGGCACCCCCAAACGACGCAAACAGAGCAUCAACAACUCCAUCCUGGACGGGAGCCCUGUGAGAGUGAUCAAGCCUCCGGCGGUCAUGGCUACUCAUCUGAUGACAUCUCCAGCCAGAGCCUCGCCAAGACGUCGUGGUCUACUGGGAAGCGCAAAGAAGGGUGUCCAACUAUCCUUCACUCCGAAGAAGAGAAAGAUUCCUCCCAAGGGCGUUAAACGAGCUGUGCGAUGGAAAGACGACAUUGAGGACGGUGCACUCGCGGAGUUUGAGAAGACACCGCAGAAGGUUCCGUCAUCGGAUGAAUCGACCACCGAAAUCAGCAUCCCUCAGGUGUCAGACCUGACCUCGUCCUUUUCGAAACUGCAGACACACUCUCCCAGUUCCUCGCCCAUCCCACCUCCGCCUGAAGCCACUCUCAACAUUCAGCCGAAGAGCAGUCGUUUCCAGGCCGGGUUUCUGUCCAAGAAAUAUGAUGGCUCUCCCCUCAACUCAAGCAUGCUGCCCCCGAAGAUGACACCACUGUCAUCCUCAGAUAGCGAGGCCUCACCGCUGAGGGAAAUCGAUCCGAGUAAGGCGUCGAACCGUCGCUCUUUCACUCCCCUGCAGCCUAGCAAUGACACCCCAGAUGCAUGCCAUGACACUUGUCAUAUUUCCCCAGCGUCGAACUCGGACACCGAAAACCAGAAUAGCUCUGCCUCUGAUAAAGAGGACGCGCUCAAGAUUCGCGAAGCCGUAAAACGCUCUUCUUCCCUUCGCCGCUCAGGUAUCCACGGAUCUCGGACUCAACGUCGCCGCUCGCCCACCGCAGCAACGGCGGGAGUCGCUGGGUCUCCCACCAACGAGUCGAUGUUCGGUGCCGGCCAUGUUAGGAGAAUGGUUCAUGGCACAAAGAACGAGCUCUUAAAAGAGAACGACGCAGGGUCUUGGAAGAUCGGGGUGCUGAGUCCCCGGGUUCAAGGCAUUGUUAGCCAUGUGCUCACGGACAUUCGAGCAGCAGAGGAAGUUUAA